AUGGCCGGGCGCGCAGGCGCCGUCUGGGUCGGGCGGCGGGCGCUGCCAUGGCGCACAUCACCAUCAACCAGUACCUGCAGCAGGUCUAUGAAGCAAUCGACACCAGAGAUGGGGCAUCCUGUGCGGAGCUCGUGUCUUUCAAGCAUCCUCAUGUUGCCAACCCACGGCUUCAGAUGGCCUCUCCAGAAGAGAAGUGUCAACAAGUUUUGGAACCCCCUUAUGACGAAAUGUUUGCAGCUCAUUUAAGGUGCACUUACGCAGUGGGGAACCAUGACUUCAUAGAGGCAUACAAAUGCCAGACUGUCAUCGUCCAAUCAUUCCUGCGGGCAUUUCAGGCCCACAAAGAAGAAAACUGGGCUCUGCCUGUCAUGUAUGCAGUAGCGCUGGACCUUCGAGUAUUUGCCAAUAAUGCAGAUCAGCAGUUGGUAAAGAAAGGAAAAAGCAAAGUCGGGGACAUGUUGGAAAAAGCAGCUGAAUUGUUGAUGAGCUGUUUCCGCGUCUGUGCCAGUGACACUCGUGCUGGUAUAGAGGAUUCUAAGAAGUGGGGGAUGUUGUUUCUGGUGAAUCAGUUAUUCAAGAUUUACUUUAAGAUCAACAAACUCCAUUUGUGUAAACCUCUAAUCAGAGCCAUCGACAGCUCAAACCUGAAAGAUGAUUACAGCACUGCACAGAGGGUGACGUACAGGUACUACGUUGGGCGGAAGGCCAUGUUCGACAGUGACUUUAAGCAAGCCGAGGAGUACCUGUCCUUCGCCUUCGAGCACUGCCACCGCUCCAGCCAGAAGAACAAAAGGAUGAUUCUGAUAUAUCUGCUUCCAGUGAAAAUGCUACUGGGUCAUAUGCCAACUGUUGAACUUCUGAAAAAGUAUCAUCUCAUGCAGUUUGCUGAAGUAACCAAAGCUGUAAGCGAGGGCAAUCUCCUUCUACUGAACGAGGCUCUGACGAAGCACGAGACCUUUUUCAUUCGUUGUGGUAUUUUCCUUAUCCUCGAAAAGCUGAAGAUCAUCACCUACAGGAAUCUUUUUAAGAAAGUGUACCUGUUACUCAAAACACACCAGCUAUCUCUGGAUGCCUUUCUGGUUGCCUUGAAAUUCAUGCAAGUGGAAGAAGUGGACAUCGACGAGGUCCAGUGUAUUCUGGCCAACCUGAUUUACAUGGGUCACAUUAAAGGCUAUAUAUCACAUCAGCACCAGAAGCUGGUCGUCAGCAAGCAAAACCCAUUCCCUCCGCUGUCCACAGUGUGUUGAACGUACGCACAGCCCUGAGGAGGGGAAAGCUGUGUGUUCCUCCAGUUUCUAAUCAUGCUGAUGGAAUCAGUCCUGUGCUGAGGUGUUCUUCUCUGCAGCCAGGGGCUCUUUGGGGCUCCCAUCUCAGGGAUGCUGAGACUGAGUUUGGCAGCACACGGACACCUUCAGAUCUCCGUCAUCACUCAUGACUAAUGUCAGCCUCACAGAGACCUGGAAUUCCUUUUUCAGAAAAUGCAGACAGCUCCACUGGCUCUGGAGGUUGGUGAAACUCCUGUGAAGGAGGCUCUGUCUCCAAGGCAGCUGUGUGUAGUUGACUUCUCACGAGUGUUGUUCGCAGAGGCGUCUUUGUAACUUUUUUUAUACUUCUUUGUAUAAAAGGAUUUCUGAAUUUAUGUAAGUGACAUACUCUUUAUUAUAUGUUCUGAGAUACAUCAAUUUUUAUAUGUUAAGUUUGAACAUUUUAUGAGAUCAAAAUGCUUGGUUAACUUAAGGCUUCUUUUUUACAAACUGAAUGUAAUUUGAUUUAAAUUUUCUAGGUAUUAUAGCCUGCCAUUUUUUCAGGGUAUGCACAUUUCCUCUGUUUAUGCAAAACUUACUAAAGAAGAGCACUCGAUAA